AAAGCUGACAGUCCUUGGUCCUGCGGCCACUGCCCCAUCGUUCCUGUUCCUGUGGACUCAGCCUCAUGGCUUUGGCAAAGUUACCUGAGACCUACCUGCUCACCGUUCGUGUUCUCCAGGCCCGUGGCCUGCCCUCUAAGGACCUAGUGACCCCUUCAGACUGCUACGUGACUGUCUGGCUGCCCACGGCCUCUAGCCACAGGCUCCAGACGCGCACGGUCAAGAACAGCAGAAACCCCGUCUGGAACCAGAGCUUUCACUUCCGAAUCCACAGCCAGCUCAAGAACAUCGUGGAACUGAAAGUCUUUGACCAGGACCUGCUGACCAAAGAUGAUUCUCUGUUGUCAGUGCUCUUUGACGUGGGGGUUCUGCAGGCUGGGGCGUUCCGACGUGAGAGCUUCUCACUGAGCCCUCAGGAUGAGGGGCGGCUAGAAGUUGAAUUUCGGCUGCAGAGUCUGACAGAUGGUGCUGAGCAGCUCAUCAGCAACGGCAUCCUCGUGGCCCGGGAACUCUCCUGCUUACAUGUCCGACUGGAGGAGACAGGGGACCAGAAGCCAUCGGAGCGCAGAGUUCGGCUUGUGGUCCCCGGGUCCUAUGAGGGUGCGCAGGAGGCCUCUGUGGGCGCCGGCACUUUCUGCUUCCAUUCCCCAGCCGGCUGGGAGCAAGAGUUGGGCAUUCAUCUGCAGGACGCCCCCCAGGAGCAACUGAAGGUGCCACUGAGGGCCCUGCCCUCUGGCCAGGUGGUUAGGCUCGUCUUCCCCACAUCCCAGGAGCCCCUGAUGAGGGUGGAGCUGAAGAAAGAAGAAAGGCCACGGGAGCUGGCCGUGCGGCUGGGCUGUGGGCCCUGUGCCGAGGAGCGGGCCUUCCUGAGCAGGAGGAAGCAGGUGGUGGCUGCAGCCCUGAAGCAGGCCCUGCAGCUGGAUGGAGACCUGCAGGAGGAUGAGAUCCCAGUGGUAGCGAUUAUGGCCACUGGUGGUGGGAUCCGGGCAAUGACCUCCCUGUACGGGCAGCUGGCCGGCCUGAAGGAGCUGGGCCUCCUGGAUUGCGUCUCCUACAUCACAGGGGCCUCAGGCUCCACCUGGGCCUUAGCCAACCUCUAUGAGGACCCAGAGUGGUCUCAGAAGGACCUGGCAGGGCCCACCAAGUUGCUGAAGAGUCAGGUGACCAAGAGCAAGCUGGGUGUGCUGGCCCCCAGCCAGCUGCAGCGGUAUCGGCAGGAGCUGGCCGAGCAUGCCCGCCAGGGCUACCCGGCCUGCUUUACCAACCUCUGGGCCCUCAUCAAUGAGGCGCUGCUGCACGAUGAGCCUCAUGACCACAAACUCUCAGAUCAACGGGAGGCCCUGAGCCGCGGCCAGAACCCUCUGCCCAUCUACUGUGCCCUCAACACCAAGGGGCAAAGCCUGACCACCUUUGAAUUUGGGGAGUGGUGCGAGUUCUCCCCCUACGAAGUCGGCUUCCCCAAGUACGGGGCCUUCGUCCCCUCCGAGCUCUUUGGCUCGGAGUUCUUCAUGGGACGGCUGAUGAAGAGGCUCCCAGAGUCCCGCAUCUGCUACCUAGAGGGUAUCUGGAGCAACCUGUACGCAGCCAACCUCCAGGACAGCUUGUACUGGGCCUCAGAGCCCAGCCAGUUCUGGGACCGCUGGGUCCAGCAUCAGAUCAGCCUGGACAAGGAGCAGGUCCCCCUUCUGAAGGUGGAAGAGCCGCCCACAGCUGCCGGCAGGAUAGCCGAGUUUUUCACUGACCUCUUGACGAGGCGCCCGCUUGCCCAAGCCACACACAAUUUCCUGCGUGGCCUCCAUUUCCACAAAGACUAUUUCCAGCACCCUCACUUCUCCGCCUGGAAAGCCACCAAGCUGGACGGGCUCCCCAACCAGCUGACGCCUGUGGAGGCCCACCUGUGCCUGCUGGAUGUCGGCUACCUCAUCAACACCAGCUGCCCACCCCUCCUGCAGCCCACCCGGGAUGUGGACCUCAUCCUGUCACUGGACUACAACCUCCACGGAGCCUUUCAGCAGCUGCAGCUCCUGGGCCAGUUCUGCCAGGAGCAGGGGAUCCCAUUCCCACCCGUCUUGCCCAGCCCCGAAGAGCAGUGCCAGCCUCGGGAGUGCCAUGCCUUCUCCGACCCUGCCCAGCCCCAAGCCCCCGUGGUGCUGCACUUCCCUCUGGUCAACGACUCCUUUCGUGAACACUCGGCCCCUGGGGUGCGGCGGGCCCCCGAGGAGGCAGCGGCUGGGGAGGUGAACCUGUCCUCAUCUGAUUCCCCCUACCACUACACAAAGGUGACCUACAGCCAGGAGGACGUGGAAAAGCUGCUGUGCCUGACGCGUUACAAUAUCUGCAACAACCGGGCACAGCUGCUGGAGGCCCUGCGUCAGGCUGUGCAGCACAGGCAGCAGCGCAGGCCCCAGUGAUGGCCGG